UGUGAGAGAGUGGAUGCAGUCGUAACCUGGCGCUGGCAGUGGCAGAUGAGAGAAAGGCAUGUUGCAGUCAUACUGUUAACCUGAAGCUGGCAGAAGAACUGUUUUAUGACAGUUGUCUUCGGGUCUCGUAAAAGAAACCCCAUCCGAUUUUAUGAGAGGAAAACAUCGAGGAAUAGUCUACGAUUGUGGCGCUGUUUUUCUGUCUGAAAAGUUUUGAUAUUUGGCGAAUAUUAAAUCUACAAUGUGCUACAAAUACUUAUGGAACCUUAGGAUGUAUCAGUUAAUAGGAAUUUGCUGUUAUGUUGGGUGGUACUGUCACCGCUUAUUUUAAGAAGCAAAUUAUGGUUCAUUUGGCGAAAAUAACAAGACGACAAAAGUAAUAAUAUCAAAUGUAUAAACUGGGAAAAUGGAUCCACUUUUUAAUGCAACUGAUUCAUCAAGCAACUGGACAAAGUCAUCGGAGACUAACGACACAAAUUAUGAGAACCAAUUUGUACAAGCCGUUUGGAAAGUGGCUCUUUGGGCACUAGCUUACAGCCUUAUCAUCAUCGUAUCCGUUGUGGGAAACAUAGUGGUAAUAUGGAUCAUACUAGCACACAAACGCAUGAGAACUGUGACAAACUACUUUCUUGUGAACUUAGCGUUUGCCGAGGCGUCUAUGUCAGCCUUCAACACCGUCAUCAACUUCAUCUAUGGAGCGCACAACGACUGGUACUUUGGCCUGGGUUACUGUCGCUUUCACAACUUCUUUCCCAUCGCUGCCCUUUUUGCUAGUAUCUAUUCCAUGACAGCGAUUGCUUUAGACAGGUACAUGGCUAUCAUCCACCCCCUAAAACAGCGGAUGACAGCCACUGAGACCAUGGUGGUAAUCGGCGUAAUCUGGGUCUUGGCUCUUCUGCUGGCUUUCCCCCAGUUUUACUACUCUGACCUUGGCUACUUCCCCGGACGUGUGGUGUGCUACAUCGACUGGCCCGAGUACAUUGAGAAGAUCUACUACGUGUUGCUGGCUGUGCUGAUCUACCUCCUGCCCCUGCUGGUGAUGGGUUGUGCUUACCUGGAGGUUGGGCUCACUCUGUGGGCCAGCGAGAUCCCAGGGGACUCGUCCGAUCGCUACAAGGAGCAGCUUAUCGCCAAGCGCAAGGUGGUGAAGAUGAUGAUUGUGGUGGUGUGCACCUUUGCUGUUUGCUGGCUCCCCUUCCACGUGUACUUCUUCCUGGGCCACUUUUUCCCCAGCCUGCUGGAGAGGACGUUCAUCCAACAGGUCUACCUGGCCAUUAUGUGGCUGGCAAUGAGCUCAACCAUGUACAACCCCAUCAUCUACUGUUGUUUGAAUGACAGGUUCCGUGCCGGCUUCAAGCAGGCAUUCCGCUGGUGCCCGUUUGUGCCCGAAGGCUCUUACGAGGGUCUGGAGCUGAAGUCUACCCGCUACCUCCACACGCAGACCAGCAUGUACAAGACCAGCCGCAUGGAGACCACCAUGUCUACCGUGUUGCCGCAGGGCAUCGACGAAGACCCCAGGGCUGGAGCGUGUGUCUGUGCGGUGAGGGGAGUCGUGGCCGCUCGGCGGACCUCGGCAGACCUGGCCUCCAACGGCUCCUCGUCACGUAGCAUCUCCAAGACCGUGUCGGAGACCUCCAGCUUCUACUCCAGCAACAACCUGCCUGAGUAGCCUCCUCUUCGCUCCUCACACACUCCGAUUCCGCACACCCACCAUCGCAUUUAAUGUUUGUGUGUGUGUUUGCGCGUGUGUGCGUGUGUCACCGCUGUGUAUAUCACCAGUGUGCGAACCCAUCUGACGAACUCUGCUAAAACAGCAUACCCUAUUCACUGGGCAGGAUGAAUCCACCAAGGGCACCAUUGCACAGUCACCCUCUCUAGGCAGAAUUAAAGCUUUUGGACAUUUUCAUUUCCUGUAGGCAUUGAUGAACCACACACACUCACAGUGUCUCACACAAACACACACGCGCACACACACACACACACACAC